UGGGCUAAUAAAACACUGAAGAUUUUUUCAAUACUACCGGUGUUCUACUGGAUUUUUUCCAUUGGAUGUGAAACUUGACCCAGCUUGCAGGCAAAGGUCCUCCAGUCUAGCACCUGGACCUACACAGGUGAAUAUAAGAGGGUAGAGCACUCCUAAAUACUUGCUGCAAUGUCCAUAGAAGACAGACUGUUCUUGGAGAUCAUGAAUCAAGGAAUGACAAAGGACAAGUCAAAAAGCUGGGUCGCGCCUUUACCAUUUAGACCCCAGAGACAACGCUUACCUGACAACAAAGAACUUGUCUAUAACAGAUUUAUCUCCCUCAAGCACAAACUUCAGAAGACACCAGAGAUGAAAGAACAUUUCUUUACCUUCAUGGAAGGAAUAUUCCAGAACAACCACGCAGAAAUGGCACCCGCGCUCCGAGAUUUAGAGGAGCGUUGGUACUUACCCACAUUCGGCGUAUAUCAUCCUAAAAAGCUAGGCCAGAUACGAGUAGUGUUCGACUCAAGUGCCAGGUGCGAAAGCUUAUCACUAAAUGAUGUCUUACUGUCUGGUCCAGACCUCAACAACAGACUUCUAGAGGUACUUCUACGUUUCCGUAAAGAUUCCAUAGCAUUCAUGGCCGACAUACAACAGAUGUUCCACUGCUUCCUCGUCAAGGAGGAACACAGAAAUUACUUGAGGUUCUUCUGGUACCGCAACAAUGACCCUAACGAAGACAUCGUAGAGUACCGAAUGAGGGUGCACAUCUUCGGAAACAGCCCUUCACCUGCAGUCACUAUCUAUGGUCUCAGACUUUCAGCUCAAGAGGGUGAAGCAAAGUAUGGGUCAGAUGCCAGGUCCUAUGUAGAGAAAGAUUUCUUUGUGGACGACUGCUUGAAAUCCACACCCACGAAUGAGUCGGCAAUCAGUCUCUUAAAAAGGACUCGAGAGAUGCUAGCUUUGUCUAAUCUGAGGUUACACCAAAUUGCCUCCAACAGCCGUGAGUUAAUGGAAGCCUUCUCAAACCAAGACCAUGCAAGCGACCUUAAGGACUUGGAUCUUGACACCGAUUCCCUUCCCUUGCAACGGAGUCUCGGUUUGCUCUGGAACUUCAAGGCAGACACCUUUACCUUCCAGAUCAACAAAGAAGAAAAGCCCUUCACACGCAGAGGAGUUCUAUCUACAAUAAACAGCUUGUACGAUCCUCUGGGAUUUGUAACACCUGUCACCAUCCAAGAUUACAAAAUUAUGUUAAGAGACCUCACCACAGAGAUGUCCGAUUGGGAUGAUCCGCUUCCCACAGAGAAAAAGGACCUGUGGACAAGUUGGAAAAAGUCUCUUGAAGCUUUGACCAGCCUUCAUGUGACACGACCCUAUGCUUCCAUACCAUCUACAGAAGUCAAGAUGCAAAAGCUACAUAUCUUCUGCGAUGCUUCAAUCAAGGCAAUCACUGCUGUAGCAUACCUAAAGACCAUUGAUGCCAAAGAACAAUGCCAUGUAGGAUUCGUCAUGAGUCGGGCCAAACUGACACCUCUCCGCGAACACACGAUACCCAGACUGGAACUCUGUGCUGCUGUGCUUGUGGUAGAGUUGGCUGAAAUGAUAACUUCAGGAAUGGGCCUAGAAAUCGAAGAAGUCGAGUUCCACACGGACAGCAAGGUAGUCCUAGGAUAUAUCUGCAACGAAAUUAGACGCUUUUAUGUCUACGUCUCCAAUCGAGUGCUGAGGAUCAGGAGAUCCACUAGUCCCCAACAGUGGCACUAUGUGUCUACACAACAUAAUGCCGCAGACCACGCAACCAGAUCCGUCGCAGCCUGCCACCUGAAAGCCACAACAUGGUUCACAGGUCCUGCGUUCCUGUACUGUUCAACGGCUUGCAACAUCAGAUGUGACACAUUUGAAUUUAUAGACCCAGACGCAGAUGGGGAGAUCCGACCCGAAGUGUCUGUUCUUAACACAGUGACUUCUGAUCGUCAACUCGAAUCCCAUCGUUUCAGCAGGUUCUCCACCUGGAUGUCUCUGGUCCGUGCGAUAGCCAUCUUGAUUCAUAUAGCUAAGUCCUACACAUCUACAUUACCUGUGAGUCAGAAAUCUUGUAAAGAUUGGCAUCACUGCAAGAACGCCAUGUUACUCACAAAGAAGAACAGCACCCUGAAUGCUCCAUCUGGAGAAUUUACCGAAAAAGACCUGUAUAGACGUCAAUGGAGGCAGGUGCAAAGUCUUUCUAAUGUCUUCUGGGACAAAUGGAGGAAAGAGAACUCUACCUUGCAGUCGAGAAGGAAGUGGAAAACUAACAAGCCGAACAUCAGACCUGGGGAUGUCGUGCUCAUGAAAGACCACCAAUCACAUCGGAACGAGUGGCCACUGGGCCUCAUCACCAACAUGUUUCCAAGCAAAGAUGGGAAUGUACGUAAGGCCGAGGUAAAAAUCUGGAAGCUUGGCGAGUGCAAACUAUUCCUCAGACCAACAACAGAGCUCGUGUUGUUGUUUUCACCUGAGAAGACAAAUAGUGACGUCCGUUGACGCCAGACGGGGAGUGUUCUGCCCCACAUCAAGUGUUGAAGAAUCAUUACUAUUCAACAAGCUAGAAUCUGUAUUAGCUAGUUACGUAACAGCGCCAUCUAGCGGCAGUAGAAAUCCACUGCAACCUACGUUUCUUACAUUUGUAUAAAUAAAGUUGUUCUUAAUUAUGCAACUACAGUGCAUUGUGGGUAGCUAGUGCAUUCUGGGAAGGAGAAGGGAGCCACCAUACUGUUUACAGCACAUUUGCAUAGCUCUCCUAGCAUUCCUGCUUCUUAAAUCUCCACUACCCCACAGCCAGCAUAUCUGAUUGCACAGGCUGCUGCUACUUAUCAUCUGGGAAGCCCUCUUCAUACACACUGUGUGCUUGCUUGAAGUCUGCCAUUUUGGCUGUUUGCAUUUGGUUGGACGAACUGUUACUGCCGCUAGAGAGUUCAGACAC